AGUAAACAUUGAGGGUCACGCAGCGACGAUUUCUCAUAAAUAUUUUUCCACUGGCUACCUCUACCUCGUGUGGCUGACCUGUAAAAGAGGGAAUCCUUGCAAUUAAGGUAAAAAUCUCUUCUAAAGACCGUUCUGAUAAAAUAAAUCCGCUGGAACAUGAUACCUUGUGAAGUCUUGUGACAAUAACGUGGGUGAAGCAACGAAUCUACGCGCAAGGAAAGAGUCAACUUGACGAUGGCAAAUUCAUCAUCAGAUGCCGAGUAAGUAGUGAUUCGUUUUUAAUUUUGAUAUACAGUACUUGGUGAGGGUAGGAUACCUUUGCAUUAUGGUGCAAUUAUCCGACGAAGUCCGGGGAGUUUAUCCGAGAAUGGAAACCCCGCUCAUUAAGCUGAAAUCGAUUGUAUAGACACGCCACACGGUGACCCUCCCGUCGCUAAACGUUAAGAACUGCCAUCAGUUUAUCACAGAUUGCAAGAACACUUUGAAUACAAGAAUUGUUUUUAUGAUGACAAGAGCUUUGAGUGAUUAAGAAACUGCCAACCAAAUAAUUAAUUGAUACUCUAAAUUAAGGGUUGAAACUACUUACAUAGUUUUUAAAUUCGCAGUUGGAGUUGGUCGUAUUGGCGAUUGAUGAAUAAUCUUCUCCGAUAAUCAACAUAAAUGUAAAAACAAAACAUAAAAGUCUUCGAAUCCUCGGUGUGAAUAUCUCACCGAUAUUAUCGAAGAUUUCGUGACGUGACUCGGUGUGUCAAUGACAUUUUUGACGUCCUUCAUAAGUUUACACCCCUGAGAAUAAAUAUAGAUAUAUAUACCCGUAGGGUUUUUUUUUAUGAGAAAAGAAAAGGUAUAUAUAUUUAUUGUAAAGUUUCAAAUCGCAAAGUUUUUGAAAACGGGUGUAUAUAUAUUUGCUUACAACAAAAAAAUUCGCUAAGAAAUAUUGGUUCCUUUUUUCUUUACGAAAGCAAACACCGGUUAUAAGCAUGUCACGCUUCGAUAGCUGCAUACUUCAUAGUUAGUGUUUAAUCCCGUCACGCAAGUCGACCAGUGGCUGUAUGUGUUCAAAUGACAUUUCGAUUGAUAUGCCCACAAUUCUCGUCAAAACCCUUGGGACACAUACGACAAAACGGUGGAAAACAUUUGAGCCAAAGGUUGCCCUUCCCCCCUACAAGUUUGCAAGUUAGUAAAGUUGUUUUUAACAUUUUUCUUGGGAGGUGAAGUAAUUAUCUUCACAAAAGAGAUGCAAUAAAGGAAAUGCAGAAAAAAAGCCUGAAAAAAAAUCAGAAUCCGACCGUAUUCGAGCCCAUUCCAGACAGAUACCAGCUGAGCUACAAAGCCACAUGUUGAGAGUGAGGAAAAUUUAAAAAAAAAUUCUCGUCCUCAUACAGUUGAUUGGUCACAAUUAAAUGACCUACGUAAUAAUAGUUGACCCGAGUAUGAAAUACAAAGUAAAGAAAAUAUCCUCCCAGUUGAGUUACAGUAUAAUGAAAGAAAUUGCAAAGAAAAAAAAAUUAAAAAUAAAAAUGAGAUUCAAACCCGUGCCUCCGAGACUGUGCUGGUUGGACGCUAAUCUACGAAGCACAAAUGGAACUUUCACUAAAGUAAUGACUUAUUUGAUAUGAUUAGGAUGGGCGUCUCUGAAUCGGACUUCAAGCGGAAAAGACGUUGGGCAAUUGGUUUGAUAAUCAUCUAUGUCACAGUUGCGGUGGGAACGGGAAUUUUCCUUGCUUACUGGUUUACAAGAUAUCGAUCAUGGGAAGACAACUACCCACCCGGAUAUCCCGACACCCUUGGCGGACCGUACAAGCAAGCAAGCGUGGCAUCAGACGCCGGCCCGUGCUCGCACAUCGGGAAGAACAUUCUUAAGCAAAACGGUUCGGCCGUGGACUCCGCAAUCGCCACGAUGCUAUGUGUCGGAGUAAUCAAUUUACAUUCGACAGGGAUCGGAGGUGGUGGAUUUAUGCUCGUAUACAAUCGGAGUGGUCAAGUCGCUGAGGUGUUUGACUUCAGAGAAACUGCUCCAGCCGCUGCGACAAAGGACAUGUUCAAGAAUGCAAGUUACAAAGAAUUGAACAGUGAGUAA